UGCCCGGGAAACUUGCGGUGGGUUGUUGCCCUCGGGUCGCUCGGGGCGGAGACACGGAACCGGGCCAUGGAAGGUAUGUCGGGGGCUCGUGAGCCCCGUGCACGACCGAGAGAGCGGGACCCAGACCGGCACCCCCGCCCGGAGCGAGACCGCCACCCCGAGCGACAGCGGGACAGACACAGGGACCGGAGCAGGGAGAGAAACGGGGGCGAGCGCAGGGACGGAGACCGGGACAGGGGGAGGCACCGAGACCCCCGCCACGACAGAUACAGGGUCGAGGACCUUCGCGAGGGUGAACAAAGAGUUUGGGAAAAGUCCCGCCAGAGCCGGACACGGGACGGACCCCGCAGGCCGACCUGGGACCCAGCCCCGCCCCCCUGGCCCGCGCCUUGGGAAACCCCGGAGCCGCCACUCCCGAGGAAGGAGCGCUUCGGGCACCAUGACCCGGCAAGUGAACCCACUUCGGGGAGAUACCUGCCCUCGAACCCCAGGUCUGGACAAGAGGGAGUGGAAUAUUACCAGUCAGAGGCUGAAGGACUCCUGGAAUGUCAUAAAUGCAAAUACUUGUGCACUGGGAGAGCCUGCUGCCAGAUGCUGGAGGUUCUCCUGAACUUGUUGAUCCUGGCCUGCAGCUCUGUGUCUUACAGUUCCACAGGGGGCUACACAGGCAUCACUAGCCUGGGGGGCAUUUACUACUACCAGUUCGGAGGGGCUUACAGUGGUUUCGAUGGCGCCGAUGGGGAGAAAGCGCAGCAGCUGGACGUCCAGUUCUACCAGCUGAAGCUGCCCACGGUCACUGUAGCCAUGGCCUGUGGCGGAGCCCUCAUGGCCCUCGGCUGCCUCCUGGUUGUCCUGGGUGUCCUGCGGGUUCCGUGGCACUGCCCCCUGUGGCUGGUGAUUGAAGGCUUGUUGGACAUACUCAUUGCUGGGGCCUAUAUCCCAGCUCUGUACUUCUAUUUCCACCACCUCUCCACUGCCUACGCCUCUCCAGUGUGUAAAGAGAGGGAGGCGCUGUACCAAAGCAAAGGCUACAGUGGCUUCGGCUGCAGUUUCCAUGGGGGAGACAUAGGAGUUGGAAUCUUUGCUGGGCUAGGCAUUGGCGUCUUCACUCUGGGGGCUGUGCUGGCCAUCAGGGGUUACCGAAAGGUCGGGAAGCUGAAAGAGAAGCCUGCGGAGAUGGUGGAGUUUUAGGCUUUUUAAACCGUCCUGCCCAAUGUAAGUGACAGUAGUGACUCUGAACCAUUGGAAUACUGGGAUACUUCACUGUGGGACUCGCCAGCCCUUGAAGACUGAUGGGCCAACUUUGGUAUCCUGGUGAAACUCUGGGUUACAUGGAGCCGUGUUCUCUGAUGUACUAUGCCCUGGUGGUAGAGUCCUCUCUUGGUGAGCGAUGACCCACAAUUAUUGAAACAGAACAAAACUGGGGGUCGGGACCCACAAGGAAGAGCCAUUUGCUGUAGCAGAAGGCGCUUUUGAUUGACUAGAGGGAGGUGACCAAGUGAAUCUGAAGAACCUUAUCUUUAAAGUCCCUGAGAAGCCAUAUACACAGGAGACAGCAUUUCAGCCUGAACUUUUCUAAACACAGCUGUCUUAAACAGACGAGCCCCGAAGUUCUUCCAUACUGAGGCCUCCUAUCCUAAAUUUCCUUAAUGCUCUGGGUGCAGGGUGUAGGGACGGAUGGUGGAGAGACUCCGCCUACAAAAAUUUAAGUUGGAGGUAGGCGUGGGCUGAGCAAAGAGGAAUCAGAUUAAUUCACUAUGAUGCAAAGAAGCUAUUCCAACAAGCCCCUUACAGUGGGCUUGAAAGCUCAAUAAGUGUUUUGUACCUCUUGUAAAUGUGCCAUUGUAUGAAGAAUUCAACCCAACAUCUGGAAGGCAGGAGCCAUCCAGAAUAAAAAAAUGUAAAAUCUUUCCCAACAGAAGAAUGCCACUUUUGGCCAGACAACUUAAUGGGUUCUCAUUACAUGUUAAAUUAUGGCUUCUGGAACAUUACAAUAUAUUCUUGGUACAAAUGAAUAUGUUCUUUGCUUUAC